UCAGUUAGAGGCCCUUAAAGAUUGAAGAAUAACCAUGUCCAGCACAUAUUUCAACGAUAUCUGGCACCAGGCCCAGCAUGAGUGUGAGCUGCUGUCCACCAUCGACUAUGAGAGGCAGCACCAGGAUGUGGAGACAACGGUGGCCACCAUGAAUGCCGCAGUGGGUUCUGUUGCCGCCGAUGCCGAUGCCAAGGCUCUGUUGCAGUCCAGCUUGUACGAAUUCUAUCUACGUUAUAUCUGUCUGAGCAAUCGCCUCGAGGAUGUCUACGACAAUAUGAUACAGCCGCAGAAACGGCAGUUGGUCCGGAAACUGCUGGACGCCUGUCUCGGCCGAGUGGUUGAGCUAAAGCACGACCUCGUCAACAUUGAUCUGAUGGAGUUUAGCUACAAUGACGAUGUGGUGGAGCGUCUGCGCCUCACGCCCAUGGAGACGGAGCUGCGGAUUCCCCGCUACUUUCUCCGCGAGCGACAGCAGGAAUUGGAGUUUCGGAAGCGAACCAUGCAGGAAAUUCUCUUGAAGCUGGGCUGGCUGGAGGAACAUGAGCUGGAGGAGACCGUCACCACCGAGAUCGAGGCCAUUCGGAUGCUCCAGAUGCAUGAGAGAGCACGUCAGGGUAGGUUGCGUGCCCACUUCAUGAAGGAGAUACGCAUUCUCAAGGAGAAGGGCAAAUCGGAAGAGCGCAGUGAGAAGGAGCGCAGUGACUCCGGUCUCUUGGCCGCCAUGAAGAUCCAGAAGAUGUGGCGCGGCCAUACGGCUCGUCGGAUUACGCGUCGCCGCAAGAUGGAGGAGAUGAUCCUGAUCGGCAUGCUGCCCCCGCCACCGGCGGUGGUCAAGGAGCGGGCCGAGAAGCUUGAAAAGCUGCAACACAACGAAAAGCGCUACCAGGCGCAGGCCCUCUAUGGGGAGCAGUUCGAGCAGCGGCAACGGGCCGUGCAAGAGGAGAUUAGGACGAAACACGGCGCCAGCAUGAAGGAGGACAUUGCCGAUGAGAUCCGUGCCUGGGUGAAGGACUGCUACGAGAAAACGGGCAAGCUUCCGGACUUUCCGUCCGAGGAUCAGGGCGGUUCCCUGCAUAUCUUCAGUAGACCUGGCACGGAGAGCGAGCACAGCCGAUCGUCGGCUCGCUCCUCCAAGGAGUCGCGUAAAACCAAGGACAAGUCCAAGUCGCCGGCUCGCAGUGGCGACCUGAACGUCAACGAAAACCAGGAGGAGGAAGUCAGCUUCCAGCCGGCGCCAUCGGUUUGCUUGCCAGACAUCAGGACGGAGAUUGAUCUCUUCAACGACACCUGGCGCGACAAGGACGAGACGGGCGUGCUAUGCCAAGCGGCCUACGAGGACAUGAUCUACAGCGACAAGUACCAGGAGGUGGAGCUAGAGUUCCGUCGCGCCGUUGACGACGUGAUGCGCCAGGAGAUUGAGCUGCUGCAGACCGCCGUCGGUAAGAAGGUAAAGAAGAGCAGCAAGAAGACGCGACGCUCAGGCAAGAAGAGCAAGAAGAAGAAGGAGAAGGAUCUGACUCCAGACCGCACCACUGAGUCGCUGUACGAGGAACUGGUCACAAAUGGCAUCAUUCGCAAGUAUCCUGAGCUCAGACUCAAGCAGUUCUUGGGCGACAAGGCAUUGACUGCGCGGAACGGCACGAAUCCGUCGCCGGGCGACGUCCGCCAGAUCCUUACGGAAUACUGCAUCCUACCGCUUGGCUCUGAGGCCAUCCAUAACUGCACUCCGUUGAUUCGUUCCAUUCUGCUGGCUGGUCCCAAGGGAUCAGGAAAAAAAGCUCUGCUCUACGCUAUUUGCACGGAGGUGGGAGCCGUCUUGUUUGACCUGACGCCGGCUAAUAUUGUGGGAAAGUAUCCUGGAAAAUCGGGUCUCAUCAUGCUUAUCCAUCUGGUGCUGAAGGUUUCCCGAUUGCUCCAACCGGCUGUCAUCUAUAUGGGCGACGCCGAGCGGCCGUUUAUGAAGAAGAUACCCAAGACGGACCGCACAGAUCCCAAGCGCCUGAAAAAGGAUCUGCCCAAGUUGAUCAAGAACAUUGCGCCCGAGGAUCGGGUCAUCUUCGUGGGCACCUCCAACCUACCCUGGGAGGCGGACCAGAAGCUACUGCAGUCUGUCUACAAUCGGUUCAUCUAUAUUCCACGUCCGGACUAUGGGGCCAUGUCGCAUGCGUGGAAAACCUUGCUUCACGAAUAUUCCGGCGGCAUCUCCAAUCUGGAUACCAGCGCCAUGGCCAAGAUAUCCGAUGGUUACACCAUUGGCUCGAUCGACGCCUGCCUCAAGGAGGUGAUGACCUGCAAGAGGAAGCUUCAGCUUCGCACCCAGCCGCUGACCAAUGCCGAGCUUAUCAAUGUUCUGUGCUCUCGGGAUCCCGUGUAUCGGGAGGAGGAAGAAGCCUUCGAGUCCUGGUGGUCGAAGACCCCUCUGGGUCGCCGUCGUCAGCGGUUUCUGGAGUUGGAGGAGGAGCGUUUGAUAGAGGAGCAGGCUCAGGCGGCCAAGCAGGGUAAUGGUAACAAAAAGAAGGGCCAGAGCUAA